AUGGUAUUGAUAAAGGAGGAGCAAAUUGAAGGUUCAAAGGUUCGAGAGAAUGGAACAACUGGAGGACCUGGAUUUGCUGAUAUUGAAUUCACGACCAAUAAAGGGGCCAUGGAUACACCUGUCAUGUCCAUCAGUGUGGUGGAUGAAGAUGGGAAUGACAGCGAGAUAUCGGGAGAGGAAUAUCAAGAGGAGAGUGAAGUUGAUUACACACGCAACUACUGGGAGGAUGAGGACGAUAUCUACCAGGAGUUUGAGGAGCUGGACUUUGAGGCUCUGCCGGAUCGCUCGGACAUGCGGAGCAUCGCCUCGGACGACUCCUUCUAUCCCCCAGACAAUUCACUCACGUCGGACAUGUACCGCUCACCAAGCCCUGAGUCCAUCUCCUUCUUCAAGGCGUGCUGCAACAACAACUCCAUCAUCGUCAAGAUCAUGAUCAGACAAGGAAUGAGCGAGGAGGAAGUGUGGGAGACAGAUAGGAACAGAAGAUCUGGCCUGAUCGUGGCGUGUUACCAUGGCUACUUGGAUGUGGUCAUCGCCCUCUCUCAGUGCCCGUUCCUGGAUGUCAACUGGCAGGAUAAUGAGGGCAACACUGCUCUGAUCACGGCAGCGCAAGCAGGUCAUCUGUACAUCUGCACCUAUCUGCUGAACUACUUCCCUGGGUUGGACGUUGAGAGAAGGAACUGUCACGGUUUCACAGCUCUGAUGAAGGCGGCCAUGCAGGGUCGAGCUGAGUGUACUCGGACUCUCAUGCUGGAUGGAGGUGAUAUUCAGGCCCGGGACAACAGCCGCGGUCUGACUCCCAGGGAGUGGGCUCUGUUCACUGGUCGCUAUGAGACAGCCAACCUGAUGGACCGUCUGAUGCAGAAGCCCUGUGCCGAGCAGUUCUGUGACUCCUUCGCUCUGGAGUGGCCCAUACUGGAGGAGCUGGUGGACCAGGCCCGAGCACCAAACUCCUGCUGGAGGCGUUUGAUCAACAUUCUCUCCUGCUGCCCUUAUAGGUUUUACAUCAACAACAAGGUAAAGCCUGUGGAUGAGGGUGUUCUCGACCACAUGGUCCAGAUCACCACCGGUCUCUCCAGCCCGCUCAUUGCCAUAUCCUGCAGAACAGUGUGCCCGGGCAGCACCCCCUGCAUCGGGAGGCGCCGUCAUGCCGUGCAGGAGAUUCUGAGGAGGCACCGUGUGGCUCAGCUGAAACACUUGGGACCGGACAGACUGAACAACUAUAAGAGAUUAUUCCAGAACUCACAGGUCCUCCUCAUUCCCAAGGAGAGGGAUCGGAGGGCCAGCCUGCAGCCCCAGCUGCUCAGUGACAUGGCCAUGGCGUCCUCUGUGGCCUUUAGGCGAGCCAGUCUCCUGCCACUCAAUAUGCUGAGAAGGAGCAGCGUGCGGCCGGGCAUCACGGUGCCCAAAGUGAGGCUCUGCAAGGCCCCGGCUCCGAGCUUUAUACCAGACAAACGCCGAAUGAACAGGAACCACAACGAGCUGCAGAUUCCCAAGUGGGAUUACAAGAUGAAGAGAAUAGAGAGGAGGCAGGAGCAGGAGAGGCAGACACUGUUAUCUCUGACCAGGAGGAGGUGA